CACACGUAUCAAAAACCACUCACAAACACAAGAACACACUUUUUAUAAACUCUCAAACCAAACAAAAGAAGAACAAGAAGAAGAAAAAUGCUGAUGGUCAAGGCCACAUGGGUGUCCAUUUUGGCCCUCGCUGCGUUUCUCCUAGUGGUUCUAGUCCCGGCGGCAGAAGCGGUGACGUGCUCGCCAAUGCAGCUAAGCCCAUGUGCGGCGGCGAUAACCUCGUCUUCUCCACCGUCAGCGUUGUGCUGCGCGAAGCUGAAGGAGCAGAAGCCAUGCAUAUGUGGGUACAUGAGAAACCCUAGCCUCCGUCGCUACAUCAGCUCUCCCAACGCUCGUAAAGUCUCUAACACCUGCAAGUUCCCCAUGCCAAGGUGUUGAAAAAAGUGUGUUUGCAAUUAUAUAUGAUCAUCCUAUAAACUAUGUGUCGUUUGAAUCCUGCUUUUGGUAUGCGUUUGAGGAUGUUAAUUAAAAAUCAUACCCUUAAGAAUAACAACGUGUGAUCGAUGAUACUUUUAUGCAUCUUAUUUUCAAUA